CUACAUGUAGAAGAAAAACCUUAAUUGCCUGAAAUACCCAAUUCCUCUGAUCAGCCACAAGCAAAAUUACAAUUAAAAGUAUCUUACUUCGAUUUAAAUCUUUUGAGAGUGAAACAGUCUAACACCAUUAUCAGACACUUUCAUUCCAUAAUUUUAAAAUUUUCCUUUUCCAACUUUUUGAAUAGAGAAUGUAAGUGAAAAUGAAUUGAAAUGUAAUUAAAGAUACUUGACUUUUUAAAUUUAGUAAAGAUGCAUUAAAUUACUUGUAAUCCCCCCUACCAUCUCAUUAUACAUACUUGUAAUUGAAAGCAAAGUCAGUUAUAAAUAUAUUCAAUUACUUUUUUAAUUAACCCAUCCCUGUUCAUGUUUGCUGUGGUUUAAUUAGAAAUCAGUCCUUUCCUAACCCUGAGUAGUUAAUUACUAACAUAUUGAGAUGUCUAAUACAAAAUAUUUGUUAUUUUGCAGUAUUUUGAUGCAUGUUUUUGUUAAAAUGUUUCUUGUUCCUUGUUGCAGUUCCUUUCUUUUUUUUUGAUGUAGAAUCAGCAGUGUUUUAUUGCAGUACUUCUUGCAUUCAGUUAGUAACAUGCAGUCGAUUCCACUGGGCAUCUUGCUUAAGAAUGAAAAUAAAACCAAUGAUAUGAUUGAGAUCCUUGAGCACCUGCAACAGUAUGUCCCUGGAGCCAGAUCAGAUGCUGAAAUGGAACAUAUUCAUGAAAGAGAGGACAGAAAUCCCCAAAUGCGGGCAAUUCCAGUUGGAGGUGACCAACUAACUUGUGAGAGGAUAAGAGGUGCUCAUAUGGCCCGUCUUGAUGCUGAUAGCCAAGAGGAAAGAUUGGAGGGAUUGAUAACGAUGGUUGAAGACUUUCAUGAGAAGAUAAACUUUCUACAGGCAAUGAUGGAUAGAUUCUACAAAACAGCCAGUGCAAGAGAAGCAGGAACGUUAUACCAACUAAGAAAUACCAUCAAUAGGAGAAAUGUGGUCAAAAACGUGAGUGCCGAUUAUCAUGCUGUUGGAUCUUUCAUUGAUUUAGUGACAAGUGCACAUGUGAUUGCAGCAGCUUUGAAAGCAUUUGGCAUGUCAAAUAUUGAAGACCCAUGUCCAAAAAUCCCUAUGUUUACUGAUCAAGCUGAUGAAGGUUCAAGGAAGAGACUUUUGGAUAAAAUAGUUGGGGAUAUGGUGGACACGUUUUUCUUGAACAGCCUAGCAGUAACAGUGAAUAGAAUUGAGGGUAAUGAGAAUGACAUUGAGGGGCCAGUUACUGAUGAUGGUGUGUAUAAUUAUGCAACAAAUGUAACCAAAUACGGACUUUUGAGAAAAAUUUCUGUUUUGGCCACCAGAAGCGGAGAUGGCAUUCGACAAAUAAGGCACUGGAAAUAUGCCCUGUUAGUGUAUGACCUAUCACACAAGAUAAAAUACAGACUUGAAUCAUUCCUUCUUUUAGCUGGUGUGAAUGCAGUCUUCACAGAAAAGCAAAGACAUCAGGUUAUUUGGAACCGUUUUGUAAAUUUGUCUGGUGGAAAGGAUAAAAAUCUAGAUGGCGAUUACGUGAUGGAGUUGCUCAACAAGUACGCAAAAGGCCGAGUUAAAUUACUAGGACCAAAUCAAACACCGGAAGUUGUAGACAGAAUAGGCAAAACCAUGAUGUUUUGUCAUAAUGUGAAUGAAAAGCUGGAAAGAGAAAUUGGUGUCCAUCCAGGAGGAACUGCUCAUGCACAAAGAGAUAAAACACAAGAUAUCAGAGCUGUUGUGAACCAGUUAAAAAAUGCGGACGUAUUUUCUGUUAUUAGUGGUAGGCGACAUAACUCUUUCAAUGAACAGUUUGACAUGUUCCACAAUGUAGAUUCACAAGUCCUUCAUAAGUGGUUAAAUGACAAGAAACUGGAGUAUUCAAAUGGAAAGUAUGCAUUUUAACUGACUUGAUACAUGUAAAUGUGCUGAACACUAGUGAAAAAUUGUGUAGAAUUAUUUUUUCACUUUAGAGUAAAAUUAGCUCUAAACAUGUUAACUCUGAGAAUUUUGCUUUGCUGUAAAAAUAUGCUCUUAUGAAAAAGAAUGGCUGUAUAUCCACAAUACAUUUUGUUCUUUUGUAUGGGUAAAUAAGUUUGCAUAUUUAAAUGCCUUGCUGAUGUUUGUUCUAAAAUUAUGUCCGGGUCUGGAGAUAAUAUAAAACUUGUACCAUACUCAUACUCAGCCAUGUUUGUUUUGAGUACACUUCCUGUAUACUUGAACAAAUUUGAGCAUGACUCCAUUUGAGUAUGAUUUUAUAAUUUUUUUUUAUAACUUUCACUUUUGAGUACGAUUUAGAGCACUGAGUUUGAGCUUGAGUAUGAAAAUGUGCUCCAAAAUGUUUUAUAACCUCCAGGCCAGAUCAAACUAUGUACGAACCCAAUAUAAGGAAUGUAAGCCUCUCAAACACAGACAUUUUUUGAUAAGAAUGUUUAUUGAGACAGUGCUUUGUUUCACAUGUAUGAAAAUGGGGUGUACAAUCAGGAAUAAUACCUGAAGUUAUGAAAAUCAUCAAUGUUACUUCUCUGUUUACUGUAUACAUAUAUAUCAGAGAUAAAGACCUUCUAAAGCACUUUGAAUCAACAUCUACUUGGACCCUUUACAUAUUAAUCUGGAAUAAAUGUAGACCAGUUAUUUCAUCAUCAUGUAUUAAAUGUUGGGGCCAGAUGAAAUUAAACUAUGGUAAAUAAAUCAAUCAUCAAGUAUUUCAUCAAUAAUAUCCAUCACUGAUCUUGCAAGAUGUCUGUCAAAUAUGUACUCUGACAAUAAAUCGUCAACACUACCUA